AUGGUUGAACCGGGGCCGUCGACCCCAACAUAUGGGUUACAUGACGACAUUCUUGCAAGCCAGUUCAUCUACGUGCCAAGACGGCCGACUGACGAGUCUCUCAACUCCCACCAGCCGCGCGAACAGCAGAAACCCCUCAAUUUGCCUGUCAUGCCUCCCUCCGACUCGAACCCCGACCCGCAUCACCCACCAGCGCAGGGUACCGUCAUUCUAUCAGACGUCAUGAGCCGCGACAAGAGCAUUAACAUCUUUGCCGGGCUCGCACAAGACAUCGACCCUGUCACGCUCCGGCUGGAUGACUCCAACAAGAACACCACUGUACUGGCUCCACUCAAUUCCGCGGUCGAAUCACUGCCCCGCAAACCUUGGGAAGACCCAUAUGAAUACAAUAAUCUUGGAGCCGAUGCGUAUCAGGGCGAUGAGGGUCGUGAACGAGCCAGGCGCAACCUCCGUCGCUUUGUCGAGGCACACUUGGUACCGCAGAGUCCGUGGGGGGAGAACGAGAAGGUCAAGACCAUUGACGGUGACAGGGAGGUGUGGUGGGAAUCUAGAGACGGCACCAAAUUUAUUCAGCCCGACAACAUCGAGGUUGUCAGUGUGGCCAGCGCAGUUGCGAAUGGCGAAAUCUGGAUCGUUAAGGAUGUCCGUAAUUAUUCUCAGAGGCCAUGAUAACUGUAGGCUAGUGCGAUACGGGGGGCAUAAAUCGAAUGGAGUUGUUGCUCGUUGUCUCCAGUUCCAUGACUGAUAUCCUAAUUAUAUCUGUAUCAGUACGACUGUGCUCAGGAUGGCUUAAUUUCAAGAGACCCUGUUAUUCCGACUGCACAACUUGGGAAUUUUGCCCUGGUCUAGUUACGUUCCUCGCGAUAACGACAAAAAAACAAUGUCGACAACAAUAAUUAUAAUCAGAAAAACGAUAAACAUAAUAACGUGGUUUAGGUGGCGAUGAUGAUAAACAUGGAGGUUGAUCGUGGAGUUUCGUCGGACAACUAGUACCUUAGUCUGUAACACACAUGUCCGGUAUUCUUCGUUGCUAAUUUGGCUGGGCGGGAUUCUAUCGGCAAGAUCUUAAUACGCGU